CUAGGUAGUGCGACGGUGUGGUGCGGCUUUGGCGGCGGCACAUUCCGUUUUAUCAAAAGUUAAAACUCAAUCGCUUGUUUCUGUUUUGGUCAGUCAGCAGUUGUUAUCCGGUGGCGUUAGGUCUCUCGUCGUAGUCAGAACAGCGUCGUACACGAGGCGAGCAGAAAACGUGUGCUAACGGAGCAUGACAAGCUAAUUAGCAACCAAAAAAAAGUGGCGAAGUAACACCAAAGAAAAUGUGAAAAAAUAUUUUAUAAAAUUAAAAAAAAAAUUAAAAAAGUUUUGAAGAAACACCUAACUCAAAGUGAAUGAAUUUGUCUCAGAGACGCAAACAAAGUGUUGCCAAAAAGUGAACGCUGACAGUUGCUUGACAGUAGGAGUUCCAAAAACCGUUACUUUCGUUUACUUUUGAAAAAGUGGCAAAUUUUUGCUAAAAAUUUAAAAAUAACAAAUAAAAUAUAGCGCUUACAAAAACAACAAAGAGCAGUUCGUCAGUGUGUGUAGACAGUGUUUGUGCAUUUACCGCUAAUUGCAACAGUUCUUGCUCCAGCUACAGCCUUGCAGAGAUUACCAACGCAUCCAAAGGCAUUAAAAAUAAAAACUUCUAAGAAUUGUGACACACGCACACGCGCGCACAAUUCUUCGUACGCUUAGCGCAAUUUAAUUAGCACAUCGUAUUGCCAACGUUUAGCCGUUGCAUUUUGUUUUUCCUUUAACGGUAUUUCCUGUAGUCCAAAGCCGGCGUUCAGCGCAUAAAAAUUAUCCAAAAUUCCGAAGAAUCCGAGAAAAACACCAAAACAGUCGACACGUACAGCGUCGUCAACCGGUACCGGUGGCAGCAGUGGUGGUGGCACCACUAAAAUGGCAUCGAAACGCAAAGCAUCGGUGCUGCUGCAUAAGGAGACCAUCCCAGCUGCAGCGACCACAACCACCACGGACGCGACCGGCAAUGGUGGCGGCAGUGUCACGGGCGGAGUUGUGGGUAUUGGCGCCGCAGCGGGUUCGGUGGCUGGGAGCGUUGGCGGUGACAACAACACCGAAACGGAUCCCUAUGCCGGCUUAAUGAAGGAUGCCGACAAAUUGAAACUGAUGUUGUUGGCUUGGAAUUAUCAGAAUUCAAAUGCGGUACGCAAUGGCACUGAGGGACCCGAUUUGGGUGUAGUUGGCGGUUUGUGGGCACAAUACCAGAAUGCUUUGGCACAAAAUGCGGCAAAUAAUAAAAUGGACAUAUCCUUGUCGCCAGUGCCGCGCACAGAUGUCACAUCGCCCAUGGAGGCGCAGGAUGAGACGAACUCGUCGGGGCAGAAAGAGGAGGAUGAAGGCUCUGAGGAUGAUUCGGAUGAUAAACUAGACGAAAAGUUGGCCACACAUGACCCCGAACGGCUGAAGGCGUUCAAUAUGUUCGUGCGCUUGUUUGUGGAUGAAAAUCUGGAUCGCAUUGUGCCAAUUUCCAAGCAGCCAAAAGAGAAAAUUCAAGCAAUCAUUGAUUCGUGUGCACGACAAUUCCCCGAAUUUAGCGAUCGCUCACGCAAACGUAUACGAACGUAUCUGAAGUCGUGCCGACGGAACAAGAAAACACGCGAAGGCUGGGAUAAUACCACCCGUCCAACACCAGCUCACUUGACGUCCGUGCAGGCGGAGCAGAUACUGGCAAUCGCCUGCGAGAAUGAGUCCAUGAAUGCCAAGCGUAUGCGUAUCGGCCUGGAGCCCAUCACACAUGCCAUACCGGCGCCUGGUUCAGCCGUCGCCGCAGCUGCAGCAGCAGCGGCAGCAGCUGCCGCGGCCGCUGUGGCUGCCACCAGUUCCGCCACAUCCGUGGGCGGUGUUGGCAAUUCCACCAUCACAUCGGUUUCGGCUGGCGACGCCAUCUCCACCGUCACAACGUCUACGCUGCCGUUUGUUGGCGGCGGUGGUGGCGGCUUCGCACGUUCCACACCCAACUCCGAUGCCGCCGAACCACUGUCGUUGACACCAGCCGCUGCCGUUGCUGCUGCUGCCGCCGCCGCUGUGGCUGCUUCAACGGCUGGCGCUGGCGGUGGUAGCGGUGGCAUUAAUUCAGCGCGCAGCUCACCGCUGGCGUUGAGUUCGAACACAAGCGUAAGCGGCAGCACUAGUGGGCUGGAUAUAAAGCCGCUGACGGCUGUACUAUCGAAUGGCAAUACGCCAACUAAUGGUACGGUGGGUGGGCUGGCCGGUUUGCCUGCCACAAGUCCACUUUAUCGGCCAUCAGAUUUCACUUCACCAUCAGCAGCAUCGCCAUUUGUAGCUGCUGCCGCUGCGGCAGUGGCUGCCGGUCGCACGCCAACCUAUCCCGGCUACUUUCCGGGUGUAGCAGGGCUUGGCAAUGUUGCUCCUACGGAUCUCUCCAUGAAACCAUCGUCCACCAGCACGUGUGUUACACUCACCACCGCCCCAACCACCGUCAAUACGAACAACAAUAUCGGCGUGAUGGGUGUCGGCGCACCGAAUCUAACAAGUUUGGUCGCCACUGGCGGUCUCUCCAUCAACAAUAACAAUGCGCUCGUCACCGCCACACAGCAGCUACAACAGCUGCAACAACAGCAACAGCAGCAGCAACAACAACAACAGCAGCAACAGCAACAACAACAGCAGCAGCAACAGCAAGCAAUCAUGGCGACCGGCAUGAAUGCCAAUCAAAUGGUUGGCGGCUCAAUGAACGAUCCCAAUGUGGCUGCGGCUGCUGCCGUACGCCCACCGCCCUUGUUGGCGCACAAACUGAGUCCCAACGAAAUUACGGCAGCGCGUCAGGUAAUCUCGGCGUAUCGGGAGAGCGCAGCAUUUCUGCUACGCACCGCCGAUCAGGUCGAACAGCUGCUUGUGCAGCAACAGUAAAUGACAAAAUUGGCGAAGAGUUGCAUUUUAUUGUGUGGUGAAUAUGUGUGUGUGGUUAGUUUUGAGAAUUGAGAGUUUUCAUUUGUUUUAAAUAUUUUUAAAGGCAUUAACUUUUGAGUUUAAGUAGACGAAGUAGCGUUUAAUUUUUGCUCAGCAAAAACGAAUUCAUUUGCAUGAAUUUUUGAAGGCAGCAUUUUCUAUAGCAGACAUAAACUCACCAUAGACCUCUCUUAAGUGAGCAGGUUGUUCCUAUUUUAACAGUAAACAACAAAACACUUAUAAUAGCAGUAACCAAAAACACAAAGAAAUAGUCAAGUCAACAAAAAAGCAAUGAAAUAAAGUAAAAAAUAGCCAAAGCCAAAUGUUUAAAUGCAAAACUAUGUAAUAAAUAGAUGUUCUACUUGCAUUAAUUUUCUUGAACUAGUAUAGCAGCCAACAAUACAUAACACCGGACUUGUGUGACUAAACGAAAAACUUACGUCGGUCCAAGAAUAACGGCUUCAUUUAGAGCAAUUCGGAUUGAACUGCUGCGAGAUUUCGCUUUAAGAAUCUUAGGAUAUAUCUAUCUUCAUUUAGAGCAAUUCGGUUAGAACUUCUUCGAGAUUUUUCUUUGAGCUCUGCAAACCAAGUUUUAAACGAGAAUCUUAUGUGGAUAUAACUAUCUUAAUUUCGAGUUGAAUUGAGAUUCAUUGAGAUUUCACAUCCAACUCAACAAACUAGUAAAUAAUAGCCUCAGAGUUGUUGAUCAUUUUUAUGUAAAUUUUUUAUAACUUAGGUUGAGAGCAUAGUGGUGCGUUGAAUAAAGCGUCUAAAGGUAGUCUAAGGAAAGUGAAAUUAUGAAAGUGGGACUAUUCUGACUUCUACCUACUGUCAUCACUAUGUUCUCAGCCUUAAGGUUCAGUAAUCAGAUUAAUAAAGUAGGUUUAAUGUUUCUUAGCAGCAUUCUCUGCUCUUAACAAUUUUUUAUAGCCUUCAAAAACCUUCUAUAGCAAUUUACACCCGAUAUUUAUACAAAAAUAAUUCCAAAUGUGAAAUUUCGUAACUUUAUUGAGAAUUACAACCAUGCUCAUACUACGAGUGAAAUGAAAAAAAAAAUAUAGAAAUAAAUUUUAGAUAAUCUCAACGCACUUAAAUGUAUUGAAAAGUAUUUCUUCUAUAUAUUCUCUUUCCAACUUGAUCUUAUAACGUCUAGAAUAACGUUUAGUCACACAAGUCGGGCCAAAACAUAAAUAGAAAAUACGUAUUUACAUUUAAUGUGUAAAUCUCACCCUUGAAAGUCAAUACAAAAUAAUAGUAAUAAAAACAACAAUAGAAAA